CCACACAUUUAGUGUUAAGUUUUGAUAGAUUGAAAGCAGACACAAAAUUUAAUAUGGGCAAAUUUAUAAUCCUUGUUGCCCUGACUUGCACGGUGUUUGAAAUUUCUUUGGCAUCCACGACAACUGAAGAUGCAAGUCUCCCAUUUAAACAACGAACUGAAGAGCAGCCCGGCUCUGUCGCUUUGAAAAUCGUCAAACCACUGCUUGAAUAUUACCAACUUACCAACAACGAGUCAGAAAGAAGUGAUUUAAGUGAUAGAGAGCUAAAGGUGUUCAACGAAACGUUAUUUCAUCAAGAAAUUAUUAAGUCUCUAGUUAAUGAAUUACGAUCAGCGAGUGAUUCUCAAAAAGGGACCAACGAAGUUCUCAUUAGUGAAUAUCGUUCUCAGAUCAGUUUCCAAAAGGAGCUUAUUAGUAAGCUAAUCAACAAUACAAAAACAAAUGAAUCAGUAGAACUUGUUAAAAAGUGGGGAGAGUGUGAAUGUCAACUAAAAGUACUCAGUUCUAAUAUUAUUGAAAAAGAUAGUGAAAUUGAAAAAUUAAAUUUUCAACUUAACGAUCAGAAAGAAACCCAGAAAGCAAUUCAGUUACAAUUAGAGGACACUCAGAGAAAGUUAGUGAAGACAGAGAAAGCCCAAAAAUCAUAUCAAACUGCUAUUGAUAAUUUGAUUGGGUCAUCACAAGAAGAUCCUAUCUCUAGCUGUAUUCCCUUUGAAAAUUAUCCGGGUGUUCAUCAAAUAACAGUUCCUAACGCUGAUCCGUUCAAUGUUCUUUGCGAUAGUAAAACAGCAGGAAAGGGAUGGAUAGUUAUACAACAGCGGAUAGGUGAAAAUGAGACGAAUUUUAAUAGGGAUUGGGUGUCUUAUCGUCAAGGAUUUGGCUCUUUAGAUGGAGAUUUUUUCUUAGGAUUGGAUAAGAUAUAUAGCCUAACACAAUCCGAGCCCGUAGAACUUUACGUCCACUUAGUUGGAUUAGAUGGAGAAAUCAAAUACGCUCAAUAUGACAACUUUCAAAUAUUAGAUAACAACAAUAAUUUCAUAUUGAAGAGUUUAGGUAAUUUCACAGGAAAUGUUAGUGAUGCGCUGAAAUAUGCUGAAGGAAUGCCUUUCUCAACAUUCGAUCGCGACAAUGAUGCAGCUACCCAUAAUUGUGCGGAUGUUUUCAUUGCUGGUUGGUGGUAUAGAAAUUGUUUUGAUUCUAAUUUAAAUUCAAUUGGAGUGGAUCUUAAUUGGAACAUAGACAUGAUACUUAACGAAACGAAGAUGCUUAUACGCCCCAAAACGAACUAAUAGCACAUCUGGUAUGGCUCAAAAAUUAAACAUCAUUCUUGCGCU